UUUCCGCUUCGAAUCUCCAUGAUGCAGUUUCCAGUUGCGACCGUUUUCCGCUCGACUCCUUUGUUCAAGCCUCAUUACCUGAUGAGGGCUUUCUCUGCUAGUUCCCCAACCGCAACCUUAAUUAGAAAGGUAUUCUUACUACAUACUCCUGAAACAUGUAAUUCCAUACUAACUAGAUACACGAUUUCCAGAGGACACCAGCUAUCAUCUAUACACACGUCCAGGAGGCUCCGGUUGGCGGAAGUGAUGUGAAAGCAGCAGAGCGAGUUUUGACCAAAGCAACUCGUACCGUCUCUCUGAGGCAAGUAGGAUCACAUAGCGCGCCACUGACAGCAUACGGAAAUGACACUGGGUGUGCACUUUUGAGUUCCUUUCUCAGGAUAGAAAGUGUAGUCCAGGACCUAAGGGAGGAGACAAGGAAGUCUGGAGAGGAGAUGGAGCGGUUGCGCCAAGAGGUUACGAUACUCCGUCCACUCAAAUCUGCUGCUAUUGAUAUCCGGCAUCGAUUUUUUGCAGUAUUCAAGCGCACGGAUGGGGUAGGGGAUUCUGAUAAUGACUCCACAAUUCGGAAAGGAAACAUCAUGGCGCAUAAUGGUGACGUGGUCACUGAUGUAUGCCUAUUCCAAAAUCAACUUAUUACCUGCGAAGCAACCUUUAUCAGGCUAUACGGUUUAAGCUGGCAGGAUGCGGCCAAGCUGAUGGGUAGGCUCAAUUAUUGUUGCUACUUGUUUGGAUACAGUCUUGUGGUUUCUGACUAACUGUACAUGCAGAGCACCCGCACAUGAUCGCCGCAUUAAACCAUAGAGCAACACAAGUUUCUAAGGGUUACAAUAAGUGGAAAAACCAAGAGGAUUUCGACAAGCUGGUAAGCUGGACAAUCGAUGCCAAGCCCGCGGAACUCAAAGCUAUUGAAGCAGACGAGGUCGGUGGGACCGUUGGGGGAGCUUUGCUCUUAAAAAUUCUUGGAAACAGUGGAUAAGGUGAGUUGGGGAUGAUGCCGUGGUGUAAGUUAUUCUGUGGAGUUGGUCUGGUAAGUGUACCAACAAAAUACGUCGUAUGUUUCAAGCAUUAAUGGAUUGAUGGGUUUUUGCUUUGAUGCUCCUGGUCUCGAUCUUGAUUCACUCGAGACCGCCGCUACUAUAACCAGAGAGGAGGUGAUUGAUGCUGUGGUUUUUGUUUUGCAUGAGGAGAAUCGUUUUGUUUUUUUAGCCUGGGUGUUUAUAUGGGAAUGCGGUUCGUGAAAGGCCCCGGUUUUUAUUGUCAUCGAAAGAUUGUGGAAGGGUACCAGCUUCUUUUGCCCUAUGGCUCCAACAAAAUGGAAUCUUCCAUCAAUUGUCAUUGCUGGUAUUGCUGGUACGAUCUUCCUCAUCUCUGACAUCUGGAACGCUCAGCUAAUGAAAUUGGUGUACACUAUCAGCACAGAAUUGUAGGAGAUGGACUACGCUCGUACCAAUUUCGAGAGAUUUACCAUGGAGCGCAGGAAGGUUCCUAGGGUUCACUGGGAUAAGUUCGGGGAUACAUUUCACAACGCUACCAAGAAGCAAGGUGCUCUGAUUGGUGGGGAGGAAAGGGGGAAGGACAGUAAAGUCACUUUCUGGUUCUUUGGAAGACUUCCCAAGCAUCCAACCUGUCCCAGGAACCGAGUUGUGGGUUUGGAUUUCGGGGGAUAG